CAGCAGCAGCACAAGGGCAGCAGCAGCAGCAGCUGAAGCAGAGGCAGGCAAGAUUCCUUCUCUCUCCUCUCUCCCCCAAAUCCGAGCCACCCACUUCCCCCCGCCCCCCUCCUCUCCCCGGCAGCCCUCCGCGAGAAGCUCCGCUCCCCAGCACUUUUUGGGCCCGAGAUAUGGCAAUGGUAGUUAGCAGCUGGCGAGAUCCGCAGGAAGACGUGGCCGGGGGCAACCCGAGCGGCCCCAACCCAGCAGCUCAGCCGGCCCGGGAUCAGCAACAGCAAGCGGCCUCGGCGGCCCCGCACACCCCGCAGACCCCUAGCCAGCCGGGACCCCCUUCCACCCCGGGCACGGCCGGGGACAAGGGCCAGAGCCAGCAGGGCUCGGGCCAGAGCCAGCAGCACAUCGAGUGCGUGGUUUGCGGGGACAAAUCCAGCGGCAAACACUACGGCCAAUUCACCUGCGAGGGCUGCAAAAGUUUCUUCAAGAGGAGCGUCCGCAGGAACUUAACUUACACAUGUCGUGCCAACAGGAACUGUCCCAUCGACCAGCACCACCGCAACCAGUGCCAGUACUGCCGCCUCAAGAAGUGCCUCAAAGUGGGCAUGAGGCGGGAAGCGGUUCAGCGAGGAAGAAUGCCUCCAACCCAGCCGAACCCAGGCCAGUACGCGCUGACCAACGGGGACCCUCUGAAUGGCCACUGCUAUCUGUCGGGAUACAUCUCGCUGCUGCUGCGGGCCGAGCCCUACCCCACCUCGCGCUACGGCAGCCAGUGCAUGCAGCCCAACAACAUCAUGGGCAUCGAGAACAUCUGCGAGCUCGCCGCCCGCCUACUCUUCAGCGCCGUCGAGUGGGCCCGCAACAUCCCCUUCUUCCCCGACCUGCAGAUCACCGACCAGGUGGCCCUGCUGCGGCUCACUUGGAGCGAGCUGUUUGUGCUCAACGCGGCGCAGUGCUCCAUGCCCCUGCAUGUGGCCCCUCUGCUGGCCGCCGCCGGCCUGCACGCCUCGCCCAUGUCCGCCGACCGGGUGGUGGCCUUCAUGGACCACAUCCGCAUCUUCCAGGAGCAGGUGGAGAAGCUCAAGGCCCUGCACGUCGACUCGGCGGAGUACAGCUGCCUCAAAGCCAUCGUCCUCUUUACAUCAGAUGCCUGUGGCCUGUCAGAUGCUGCCCAUAUCGAGAGCCUGCAAGAGAAAUCUCAAUGCGCCCUGGAGGAAUAUGUGAGGAGCCAGUACCCCAACCAGCCGAGUCGCUUCGGCAAACUGCUCCUGAGGCUGCCUUCCCUGCGCACCGUCUCGUCCUCAGUCAUCGAGCAGCUCUUCUUCGUCCGUUUGGUAGGUAAAACCCCCAUUGAAACCCUCAUCAGAGAUAUGUUACUGUCUGGGAGCAGCUUCAACUGGCCUUACAUGUCUAUCCAGUGUUCCUAGAGCACAGCCAACACCCCCAUAGAGACACUGAGGACCAACACAAACAGAAAUAUACGAACCGAGUAAAGUUGGGGUGCAGAGAGGGGGGGAAAGCAGACAAUAAACAAAAAAAAAUAAAGACUCGUGUAGGAUCAGAUCUGUGACCAUGUUUGAAAGGAAAAGAAAGGACCUUGUGUCUGUGGAAAAUUUUGGAAAAAGGACCGAGGGGAUUUUAAUAAAACCAGAAGGAGAAUAAUGGAUCUUCCAGAAUUUAUUGUGGACUGAUGUGGAUAUAUUCUGUACAGAAACAAAGAAACAAACAAAAAAUAUUGACGCUGAACUGAAUCUUGUGUAGAAAACACACACACGCAAACACUUACCACGAACAUUGUUAUUCAUUUUGUAAAAUAUUAGUCUUUAUUUUCAUUUUUUGGUAAAAUUUAAAACAUCGUAUGCGCAUAAAGAAAAAAGAAACAAGAAUUAGGGGAAAAUAACAUUUUCCAAAUAAUUAUAAAAAACAAUUGUCCUGUGUCUAUGUAUCUAUAUCUGUUUUGUAUUUUUUUCUGGUUCCAAACCAGGUUUCCUGUGAUUCUAUACUAAUAAUUUUUGAUAUAACCCUUUGCUUCUUAUAAUGAGUGCGAUAUAUGUUGUCGAAGCUGUUCUUCAAGAAUUAAAAUUGAAGUGAGAAUUUAAACAAAAAUAAAAGAAUUUAGCAAAAAAAA